GAAAGACGCCUUGUGAACUCUCAGUUUUUCCAUCACUCUGGGAAAUGGAUACUGAAGCUUCUCUCCUUAAUGCCCCAUCGGAUUUUAUCCUCUUCCAAGAAAAUUAGGAAAUUUUCCCUUCCCGCCAUUUUUUCCUCCCUUCUCCUCCAAAAACCUUCGAAUUCCCCCCUGGGGAAUCCCCUGAUUCUGCUGGAAAACCAAACCGGUGAAACAGGUUCGAAUUUCGAAACCCUAAUCCCAAUCUGCUGCUUCUUGAGUUUCACUGGUUGAGGAAAAUCAGCGGAGGGAAAACCCUAGAGUUCGAAUCAUGCCGUCGAUACAGACGCCGUCGGGUAAGAUCCUCCGGCUGGAGAUGGAGAAUUUUAAGUCUUACAAGGGACAGCAGUUGAUUGGUCCGUUCAUGGACUUCACGGCGAUUAUUGGUCCAAACGGCGCGGGAAAAUCGAAUCUGAUGGACGCCAUAAGCUUCGUCCUCGGAGUUCGUACUGGUCAACUGCGUGGGUCACAGUUGAAGGAUCUCAUCUACGCCUACGAUGACCGAGAGAAGGAGCAAAAGGGUCGUAGAGCCUACGUUCGCCUCGUUUACCAGCUCGAGGAUGGGUCAGAGCUCCAUUUCACGCGUUCCAUCACUAGCGCCGGCGGGAGUGAGUAUCGUAUCGAUAAUAGGGUCGUGAAUUGGGACGAGUACAAUGGGAAGCUACGUUCCCUUGGCAUACUGGUUAAGGCUCGUAACUUCCUAGUGUUUCAGGGUGAUGUUGAGUCGAUUGCCUCCAAGAACCCGAAAGAGCUCACGGGACUUCUCGAGCAGAUUUCUGGGUCUGAGGAGCUUAAGAGGGAGUAUGAGGAUCUGGAAGAAAAGAAGGCCAGCGCUGAAGAAAAAUCAGCCCUUAUAUAUCAGAAAAAGAAAACAAUAACACAGGAAAAGAAACAGAAGAAAGAACAGAAGGAAGAAGCUGAAAAGCAUCUAAGGUUACAGGAGGAAUUGAAAGCUCUGAAGCGAGAACACUGCCUGUGGCAAUUGUAUAACAUUGAGAAUGAUAUCGAAAAGGCAAACAAGGAUGUUGAAGCUGAAAAGAGGAGUCGUGAAGAUGUCAUGAGAGAACUGGAGAAUUUUGAAAAUGAAGCAAGUAAGAGAAAGAAAGAACAAGCAAAGUAUCUGAAAGAAAUUGCGCAAUGUGAAAAGAAGAUCGCUGAGAGAAGCUCAAAGCUUGAAAGAUACCAACCUGAGCUUCUAAGGUUGAAGGAGGAAAUGUCCCGUAUAACAUCAAAAAUUGAGAGCAGCCGGAAGGAGCUAGAUAGAAGGAAAAGAGAAAAGGGGAAGCACUCCAAAGAAAUUGAACAGAUGCAGAAAAGCUUAAAAGAGCUGAACAAGAAACUGGAACUUUUAAAUGAAAAGAGACAAGAUAGCAGCGGAAAACUCCCUUUGCUUGAUAGUCAACUGCAAGAAUAUUUUAGGAUAAAAGAGGAAGCUGGGAUGAAAACCAUUAAACUGAGAGAUGAGAAAGAGGUUCUAGAUAGGCAACAGCAAGCUGAUCUUGAAGCCUUACGAAAUAUGGAAGAAAAUCAUCAGCAACUGAUAAAUAGGGAGAAUGAUCUCGAGGAACAGAUUGAGCGGUUAAAGUCAAGGCUGAAAGAGAUUGAUGAUUCUUCUGCUGGAUAUAAGAAUGAAAACACGAAUCUGAAAAAGCAGUUGCGUGCCAUGCAAGAUAAACAUCGAGAUGCCAGGAAUGCUUAUGAAAACUUGAAGACUAAGAUCGGUGAAAUAGAAGACCAGUUAAGUGAUUUGAAGGCCGAAAGAUAUGAAACUGAGAGAGAUAGUAGGCUGUCUCAGGCAGUUGAGUCUCUCAAGCGUCUUUUUCAAGGAGUACAUGGUCGGAUGACUGAUCUUUGUCGACCAAACCGAAAGAAGUACAACCUUGCUGUUACUGUUGUGAUGGGCAGGUUUAUGGAUGCAGUGGUUGUGGAGGAUGAAAGCACUGGAAAGGACUGCAUCAAGUACUUGAAAGAGCAAAGACUUCCUCCUAUGACAUUUAUUCCUCUUCAGUCAGUACGUGUCAAACCAAUCACUGAACGACUGCGAAAUUUAGGUGGCACUGCAAAGCUGGUGUUUGAUGUUAUUCAGUUUGAUCCUGCGCUGGAGAAAGCAAUUCUAUUUGCUGUUGGAAAUACUCUUGUCUGCGAUGACCUUGAUGAAGCCAAGGCUCUUAGCUGGAGUGGAGAGAGAUUUAAAGUUGUAACUGUUGAUGGGAUAUUACUAACAAGGUCGGGCACAAUGACUGGUGGUACAAGCGGCGGAAUGGAAGCAAGGUCUAACAAAUGGGAUGAUAAGAAAAUCGAAGGAUUAAAGAAAAAGAAAGAAGAGUAUGAAGUACAAUUAGAGAAGAUUGGAUCUAUCAGAGAAAUGCAGAUAAAGGAGUCUGAAAUAUCGGGUAAAAUAAGUGGACUUGAAAAGAAGAUUCAGUACGCUGGAAUUGAGAAGAGAAGUAGUACAGACAAGCUGAAAAUUCUGGAGCAGGAGAAAAGGAAUAUAACUGAUGAAAUUAAACGCUCAGCACCUGAACUCUCUAAGUUAAGGGGUGAGGUUGACAAGAGGAAUGCAGACAUCAGGAAGCUGGAGAAAAGGAUCAAUGAGAUUGUGGACCGUAUCUAUAAGGAUUUCAGUAGGUCUGUUGGGGUGGCAAAUAUCCGUGAGUAUGAAGAAAACCAGCUCAAGGAUGCUCAGUAUGUGGCUGAAGAAAGGCUUAAUCUGAGUAACCAGCUUGCAAAGUUAAAAUACCAGUUGGAAUAUGAGCAAAACCGAGAUGUUCAGUCACGGAUUCGGAAGCUAGAAGCUUCUUUCAGUGCUUUGGAAAAUGAAUUGGAACGCAUACAAAAAAAGGAGUCUGAACUUAAGGAAGCUGCUGAAAACGCCUCUAAUGAGAUUAAACACUGGAAAGAGGAAAUGAAGGAGUGGAAGCAGAAGUCAGAAGAGUGUGACAAGAAAAUCCAAGAUUGGAAAAAGCAGGCUUCUCAAGCCACAACAAGCAUAACCAAGCUCAAUCGUCAACUACACUCCAAGGAAACACAAAUUGAGCAGCUGAUCUCACAGAAGCAGGAAAUAAUCGAGCAUUGUGAGCUGGAACAUAUAACCCUUCCUAUUGUGUCCGAUGCUAUGGAAGAGGAUGACUCCGAUGGGCCACAGUUUGACUUUAGUGAGUUAAGCAGGGCACAUCUCCAAGAACGGAGAUCAUCUGCUCGUGAGAAAGUGGAUGCAGAAUUUAGGCAGAAAAUAGAAUCUAAAACAGCUGAAAUCGAAAAAACGGCUCCAAAUUUGAGGGCGCUGGACCAAUACGAGGCUUUACAGGAGAAAGAAAGACAGGUUAAUCAAGAGUUUGAAGCAGCCAGAAAGGAGGAGAAGCAAGUAGCGGAUGCCUACAAUGCGGUUAAGCAAAAGAGGUAUGAGUUAUUUAUGGAAGCUUUCAACCACAUUUCAGGCAACAUUGACAAUAUCUACAAGCAACUAACCAAAAGUAAUACACAUCCAUUGGGUGGGACUGCAUAUUUGAACUUGGAAAACGAGGACGAUCCGUUUCUUCAUGGUAUAAAAUACACUGCUAUGCCCCCCACAAAACGAUUCCGUGACAUGGAACAGCUCUCUGGAGGGGAGAAAACAGUGGCAGCCUUGGCUUUACUCUUCUCCAUUCAUAGCUAUAGGCCUUCGCCCUUUUUCAUAUUGGACGAGGUAGACGCUGCCCUCGAUAAUUUAAAUGUUGCGAAAGUCGCUGGAUUCAUUCGCAGCAAGUCAUGCCAAGGAAACCGUGAUAAUCAGGACCCAGAGAGCGGCCACGGGUUCCAAAGCAUCGUAAUAUCUCUCAAGGACAGUUUUUAUGACAAGGCUGACGGUUUGGUCGGAGUUUUCAGAGACACUGAAAGGAGCUGUUCGAGGACAAUGUCGUUUGAUCUUACCGGCUAUGGAGAGUCGUGAUACGUCUUCUAAACCCAGGUUCAAACUAAGCAUAGGAAAGAAAAAAAACUGAACACUGUAGAUAUGUUAAGCAUCUGGUAUCACUUCACUUAGUUUGGUUGGUGUUCUUCGUGUCUUGACUAGGAAAAGGUGCUUGUGAUUGAAGUGACUUAAUGCCAUCAGAUUAGGGUGUGGGCUUUAGAUCUGACGCUUGUAGUAACUGUUUGUGGAUUCAGUUCGUGUUGCUCCUCUUGAACUCUGCUUGCUGUUUUUGUUUUCAAGGUAAUAAUAUCUUACGCCCUGGAUGUUUCUUUGGUUUA